AUGAUUCUCUCUAAGCUUCCCAAAUCCAAACGAUUCUCUACUCUCAUAUCUUCUUCUUCUUCUCGUCGCAACCAUCUAUCAUCUCUAUCUGUCGCAAACCUUUUGAAAGCUGGUUUCAAUCCAACUCUCAGAAACUAUAACAAUUUCCUUGUUCAACUCUUUAAAACCAAAAAAAUUCGGUUCAUUACAGACUUCAUAUCUCAAUUGCACUCGAACCAAAUCGAAGGAGAUUGCAUCACACACUCAGUCUUCACAAGGGCUCUUCUCAAACAACACAAUUAUGAAAGGGCAGUUGAAUUUAUCAAUACCCAGAUAGGAAAAACCCCAAACAUUCUACAAAAUCGGAUUUUGGAUGCGUUAAUCCAAGGAUUAUGUGUCAAUGCGCAAGACCCAGAAAGGGGGUUUUUGGUUUUGCAAGAUUACUUGAACAUUGAUGGUAUUUUUCCGUCUUCUUUUACGUUUUGUGCAUUAAUUAGUUCUUUUAGUCGGCAAGGUAAGAUGGACAGAGCAAUUGAAGUUUUGGAAGUGAUGGCUGAUGAGAAAUUUAAAUACCCUUUUGAUAAUUUUGUGUUUAGUUCUGUUAUUUCUGGGUUUGUUAAUAUUGGGAAGCCUGAGCUUGCUGUAGGGUUUUAUGAAAAUGCUGCAAAAUCUGCUGCUUUACAGAUGAAUAUUGUCACAUAUACAUGUCUUUUGAGUGCUUAUUGUAGAUUGGAAAGAUUUGAAGAGGUUUCUGAUUUAGUUAGUAGGAUUGAGAAGGAUGGAUUAACAUUUGAUGUUGUGUUUUAUGGUAGUAUUGUUUAUGAGUAUUUUAGGGUAGGAAUUAUAAUGGAGGCUUUUGAAAAGCAUAAAGAGAUGGUUGAGAGGAAGAUAGAACCAGAUACUAUUAGUUAUACAAUACUUAUAGAUGGGUUUUCUAAGGAAGGACUUGUGGAGAAGGCGGUGGGGUUUCUACAUAGAAUGAGAAAGGAAGGAAUUAAGCCAAAUUUGAUUACUUAUACGUCCGUCAUGUUGGGAUUUUGCAAGAAAGGUAAGUUAGAGGAAGCUCUUACAAUCUUCAGGAUGGUAGAGGAUUUGGGAAUGGAAGUGGAUGAGUUUGUGUAUGCUACCUUAAUUGAUGGUUUCUGUAGGAUUCGUGAUUUUGAUGGUGUCUUUCGUUUGCUUGACGAAAUGAAGGAACAUGGUGUUCAUCCAAGUGUUGUUACAUAUAACACGAUAAUCAACGGGUUGUGUAAAUCCGGGAGGACAGCUGAGGCAUACGAGAUUUCAAUAGGUAUUCGUGGAGAUGUUGUUACUUAUAGCACACUUUUACAUGGGUAUAUCAGAGAAAAAGAUUCCAUGGGGUUGUUGAUGACAAAAAGGAGACUAGAAGAAGCUGGAGUUUCUAUGGAUGUUGUUAUGUGCAACGUACUUAUCAAAGCACUAUUUUUGGUAGGGUCAUUCGAAGAUGCAUAUGUCAUCUACAAAGGAAUGGUAGAGAUGGGUUUGACUGCAAAUCAUGCUACUUAUUAUACUUUGAUUGAUGGGUACUGUAAAUGUGGUCGAAUUGAGGAGGCACUUGAAAUAUUUGAUGAGCUUAGAAGGACAUCACUGACUUCAGUAGAAAGUUACAAUUGCAUCAUCAAUGGCCUCUGCAAGCAGAACAUGAUUGAUAUGGCCAUUCAAGUUUUUAUAGAGCUUCAUGGAAGAGGUAUGCCUCUAGAUCUAGGUAUUUAUCGAAAUUUAUUACAGUCAAUAUUAAGAGCGACAGGCCCGGAUGGGAUUUUGAAUUUUAUUCAAAAAAUCGAGAAAUUGGAGCCUGAAGUUUUUCAUACGCUAUGCAACAAUGCUCUUUGUUUCUUGUGUGAUGGAGGCUUUUCUGAAUAUGCUAGUGACUUAUACACAUUCAUGAGAAGGAAUGGAUUUGUUUUGACCACAAUUUCUUAUUAUUCACUCGUGGAAUUGCUUCUUAAGGAUCCGAAAAUGCGUUUUCCCGAGAUUUGUUUAAGUGACUUUGUGAAAGAAAUUGGAAUCUUUGAGCCUAGAGUAAGCAAGAUCAUUCUGCAUUACUUGUGUAUGAAAGAUGUAAGCCUCGCCGUCAAAUUUCUCAAAUCAAGAAAUUCUAAAACACAAAGUCUUACUUUUCCAGUCUCCAUUCUUAAGACUCUAAUAAAGAACGGCAGGGCUGAGGAUGCUUUUAAACUUUUGAUGGGAGCAAAAGAAAGAUUACCCUUCAUGGAUGUUGUUGAUUACACCAUUGUUGUAGAUGGCCUUUGCAAAGAGGGACAUAUCGGAAAAGCUUUGGAUGUAUGCACUUUAGCCAAGAAUUACGGAAUUACCCUCAACACCAUCACUUAUAAUUCAGUCAUUUAUGGCUUGUGCCACCAAGGAUGUUUUGUGAAAGCAUUUAGGCUAUUUGAUUCAUUAGAAAAGAUUGAUGUGAUUCCUUCGGAGAUCACAUAUGCUACACUUAUUGACGCUUUGUGCAAAGAAGGCUAUUUGCUUGAUGCUGAGAAACUUCUAGAAAGAAUGAUUAUGCAGGGUUUGAAGCCAAAUAUUCGUGUUCACAACUCAUUAAUCAAUGGGUAUAGUAAGCUUGGCAGGUUGCCAGAAGUAUUGAAGCUUGUUGCUGAUUUGGAUGAAAAAGGCGUCAAAGCUGAUGAAUUUACAGCUAGCACUGUAAUCAAGUGUUUUUGUCGAAAUGGUAAUAUGGAAGGGGCUCUUGAUUACUAUUUUGAUUCUAGAAUGAAGGGAUUAUUGCCAGAUUUAUUGGGGUUCUUUUAUUUGAUAAGAGGGUUGUGUUCUAAGGGAAGAAUGGAAGAAUCUAGAAGCAUUUUAAGGGAUAUGCUUCAAACUGAAACCAUUGUCAAAUUGCUAAAGAAGGUUGAUACAGGGGCUGAAACAGAGUCUGUGGACCAUUUUCUUGUUUCUUUAUGUGAUCAGGGAAGUAUUCAAGAAGCCGUUAUGAUUCUUGAUGAAAUUGUACAUAUGUUUUUUCCUCUUGGAAAGAAGGUUGACAAUGGGGAGUUUCGGGUUGCUGUAUUUGAGCCACUGAUUUUAGGUCAUGAAGAUGAUGUGGUACAUGAUGAUUUUGAGGCUUAUUAUGACCUACUUGCUUCACUCUGUUCAAAAGGGGAGCUAAAGAAGGCGAAUAGAAUUGCAAAGUUGCUUGCUGGUUUUGAUGGAGGAUGAUUGACCCACAAAUAUCAUUUCCUUCAUGUCUGUGGUACCUGCAGCUUUGUUUCAGAUUCAUAGUGCAUGGAGUCUAUGAUUCAACGGAGUUGCUUUUGCUUCAGCAUACGCUCCAAAUGGUGAAUAGACUAUUUUACCCCCUCCAUGUAAAGACUGAUUUUCAAGACUCGGCCCAUACAAAGCUGUUGGAAUGGGACCUUACCGUCAUUCCAGUCUACCAACUUUUACAGGGAGAUGAUUUGGUUGUCAGUGCCAUCAAAACUCGAUCUAGGGUCAAUAUACUAUGGAGGCACCAAGAAUGAUGGGAUCGGAAAUUUGGAAUCUUCGAUGUAAGUUGUGGGCUUCGCAAGAUCAUAUUCACGGAUGGAAACUUGCAACGAACAUUGAAUUUGUAAAACCGUAAGUUUCCAAGUCUUUUUAGUCAAUAAUUGCUAUAGAGGCCAAUGGUGACGAUGCUAAACUCCCAAGGUGGAGAUGGGUCAUCGGUAACUUCAAGCACAACGAAAUCCAUGCAUCUUUGUAUCUAUAUAUAAUAACAUUUGGAUAUAUGUCCUCGAUUUCAUAUUCCGGAGGUGUCUAAUUCAUCUUUUAUGCGAGUAUCUUGUUUUAUUGAGUAUCGAAUGUCGUUGAGUACUGAAAUUUCUGCUUUAUGCAAAAGAAA